AGUGAGCACUGCGCCUUCCUGAAGGACCAGCUGUGUGGGAACGGGACGUUGUCAAAGAUCUGAUCUGGUCCCAUCUGGAGCUGCUCCUCCGGUUUCACUGCGGGGCGCCUGCGUGCGUCAGGAUCAGCGGGCCCGCAGCCCCGCAGCGGCCGCCUCCAGCAGGGGAAUAAGGUUCCCAAGCAGCUAAAGGAGAUACUUUCAUGAUCCUCAGGGAUUGAGGAUUUUGUGGAAUACUUGUGAAAGCUCUAUCUAGGGAAUACCCGGCGUGGUCAUCUCCCUUCGCGAUGCAAAGAUGGCGAGCCUGCUCCCUCCUCCAGGCAUUAAGGUUUUCCGUCCAUUCACCCAGAAGUCACUGGCGGAAAUCAAGAGGCUCGCGGAGGAAAGAAAAGAAUCCACAGAAGGCCAUGACAAGGGAGAACCAGUGGGUCCACACCGUGAUCUGGAAGCUGGAAAAAGUCUGCCCCAAAUCUAUGGAGACCCUCCUCCAGAACUCUUAAAUACGCCUCUGGAGGACCUGGACCCCUUCUACAAAGCCCAGAAUACAUUUGUCGUGAUCAGCAAAGGGAAUACCAUCUACAGGUUCAACGCUGAGCCGGCUUGUUACAUUCUCAGCCCCUUUAGUGUGAUCAGGAGGGGAGCAAUCAAAAUUCUCAUACAUUCAUUAUUUAGCAUGUUCAUCAUGAUUACCAUUCUGUCAAACUGUGUAUUCAUGACGAUGAGUAACCCACCAGCAUGGAGUAAAACUGUUGAGUAUGUCUUUACGGGAAUCUAUACUUUUGAGGCAACAGUCAAAGUGUUGUCGAGAGGUUUCUGUAUUGGUUCUUUUACAUUCCUUCGAGAUCCAUGGAACUGGCUGGAUUUCAUGGUGAUCAGCAUGGCGUACGUCACUGAGUUUGUUGACCUUGGCAAUGUGUCAGCCCUCAGGACAUUUCGAGUACUUCGAGCCCUAAAAACAAUUACCGUAAUACCUGGUCUAAAAACGAUUGUCGGCGCUUUAAUCCAGUCUGUGAAAAAAAUGGGGGACGUCAUGGUACUGACCGUCUUUGCCCUUGCAGUUUUUGCCCUCGUCGGCCUUCAGCUUUUCAUGGGAAACCUGCGUCAAAAAUGCGUGCGAUGGCCCAUUCCGUUAAACGAGACAGUGUUAGGAGUUUUCAACUCUACCUCUGCUUUUAACGACCCAAUGUACUUCAACUUUACUGUGGAUGUCAAUGCGUCGUUAUACUCUAACAGUACUUUUGAUUUUAAGGAGUAUAUUGAAAACCCAGACAAUCAGUAUUUUAUUGAAGGCAGCCGUGAUGCUCUGAUUUGUGGCAACAGCUCUGAUGCUGGUGCCCUGAAGGAUUCACGUGUAUGAAGGCUGGAGGGAAUCCUAACUAUGGUUACACCAGUUAUGACUCCUUUGGAUGGGCCUUCCUCGCUCUGUUCCGACUCAUGACGCAGGACUUCUGGGAGAACCUUUUUCAACUGACUUUACGAGCAGCUGGUAGGACAUACAUGCUGUUCUUCGUGGUGGUUAUCUUCUUGGGCUCCUUCUACCUCAUCAACCUCAUCCUGGCUGUGGUUGCCAUGGCUUAUUAUGAGCAGAAUCAAGCAACUCAACUAGAGGC